UGAGUGGCAAAUUCCAACUUUUUUUACUUGGCCAUGGAAGAGGCAUAAUGAAUCUCCAACCUAAUUACGAACCUUAUUCCUCCGUAUCGUUUCAGCACAAACAACCGACGUCCCCUUAUCCCCAGGACCGGAACGAUCGCAUCAAUCGAGAUGAUCUUUUCUUGAAAGCAUUGGAAAAUCGGGGAAAUAUUUCAAGUCUACCUUUAACUACCGCAAUACCUCAUCGUUGGCCUCGAUGGAAUAAGAAACGCACAUUGUUUUUUGCUGGAAUACUAUCGUUACUGUUAAUCUAUUAUUGGAGUCGAUUGCAAGUAUUAUGGGCAUUUCUCAUGAUCAAGCUGGAUAAUUCUCUAUUUGAUCGGGGAUGGAUACCGUGCGGCACCAUCAGGAAACAGCCCAUGCUCUAUGUUCACGAUACACAGCACGUACAGAUCGUAUGGGAGAUGAACUGUGGAAUGAGAGAAAAAGACAUGUGGAUUACCUGGCAACCAGUGUCAUCAAAGAAAGCGGUCAAUGUGCGUAUCAGCCCCUUGGAACUCGAUGCUCGACAUUUUGCAUAUAAAGCGACCAUAGGCCCCCUGGACGCCGAUACAAAUUAUCGUUACGAUAUUCGGACGAACAAGGGCAAAGUGUUGACGAGACAUACUUUUUCUUGGUACGCCAACACUGAAAUGCAAACCAUCCGAGUCGCGGCCAUGGCGGAUAAUCAGUUCGGUAUGAAUACAUUCGCCACAUUAUUACGACAGGUGUCUCGGCUAAAGCAUAAACCACACUAUUUGUUGCAUGCUGGGGAUGCUGUACAGCAGUAUUUUUCACUGCGACAAUGGGAAACGGACUUUGUGGGCCCACUGACCUAUUAUCAUCUCGGCCAAUCCAUGCCAAUGAUCUAUGCACACGGCAACCAUGAUCACGAUCCAACUUACGAAUACCAUUACACGCGUACCAAUCCUUCCAACGAUCCUUGGUAUGCAUUCUCCAUGGCAAAUGGCGCGAUUCGAUGGUGUAUCUUGGACAGUAACCUGGACUGGAUACAGCAAGAUGAAUGGUUACGGCGAGAACUGGCGAGUGAAGCAUCUCAGCAAGCUCAUUUUCGUGUGGUGGUUGUCCAUGUACCGCCCUUUAUUGAAUAUUGGGAACCUGAAGGAUGGUUUGAAAAGAAGCAAAGCGAAUGGGGUGCUUUUGUGAAGGAUCGCUUUGUACCAUUGUUCGAGAAGUACGGUGUGGAUCUGGUGAUUUCCGGUCAUCAACAUAAUUAUCAACGCGGUGAACGCAACGGCGUGCAUUAUGCUAUCAUUGGAGGAGCAGGCGGUGACCUUGACUUUGAAAAAGUAGCCGACUGGCGAAUGUAUGACAGCAGUGUCCUCGAUUUUCACUACGUCAUGAUGGAAUUCCAACCUUCCGAUGCGGGGCGCUGGCAUCUUGUCUGGAAUGCUUACAAUCUAAAUAACCAAAAGGUCGAUACCAUGCAACUUGAUUCCAAACCUCCCGGAAGUAGAUUAAUUGAAGCAGAUCAUGAAGGCGCCGUUGAUGGCAGCGUUAUUGAAGAAUUGACGCUGAUGGAUUUGGACGAUGGUAACAUUGCACAAGAAGAAGAAGCGGACGUCGUGAACGACCAACCGUGAGAUGGGCGUGGUCCAUCGAAACGAAUUGGGCCAUUGCUGUAGCAAAGGACAAUCCGCAGAUUGAUUCGUUUGUUAUGCCCUCUGAAAGCAACUCACCCGAUAUCAUCAUUUUUAUUCAUGUAAAAUAGUGAAAGGCAAACAUUGUGAUUCAUAGAUUUUUAAUUACGGGAGGGGGGAUCGACGAAUAAAAGCAUAUUUCUCGUAUUAUACAUGCG